AUGGCUGCACAAGUAAAGUUUUUGGAUACGACGCUGCGCGACGGCGAACAGUCUGCCGGCAUCGGCAUGACGGUGGACGAAAAGCUGCAGAUAGCGCGGCAGUUGUCCCGGCUGAAGGUUGACAUCAUCGAGGCCGGUUUCGCCGCCAGUUCGCCCGGCGACUUCCAGGCCGUCCAGCGGAUCGCCGAGGAAGUGCACGGUCCCAUCAUCUGCUCGCUGUCCCGCGCCGUAGCGGGAGACGUCGACGCCGCGUGGGGCGCCAUCAAGAACGCGGAAAAGCCCCGCAUUCACGUAUUCCUGUCCUCGUCGGAAAUCCACCAGAUGCACCAGUUGCGCAAGGACCGGGAAGACGUGAUGACCAUGGCCGUGGAAAUGGUGUCCCGGGCCAAGGGCCACUGCGACGACGUCGAGUUCUCGCCCGAUGGACGCCACCCGCACCAACCCCGACUACCUACCAUGCUGCGGGACAUCCAGCAGAACGUCCGGGGCAUCGAGAACGUGACCCUGUCGGUGCACUGCCACAACGACCUGGGCCUGGCCGUGUCCAACAGCCUGGCCGCCAUCGAAGUGGGCGCCCGUCAGGUGGAAGGCUGCAUCAACGGCAUCGGCGAGCGGGCCGGCAACGCCUCGCUGGAAGAGAUCAUCAUGGCGCUGGACACCCGCAAGGACCUGUUCGGCGUUGAGUUGAACGUGGAUACCACGCAGAUCUACGCCAGCAGCCGCCUGGUGAGCCGCAUCACCGGCAUGAACGUGCAGGCCAACAAGGCCAUCGUGGGCGAGAACGCCUUCCGCCAUGCCUCUGGUAUCCACCAGGACGGCGUGCUGAAGAACCGGUCCACCUACGAGGUCAUGCAGCCGGAGCGGGUCGGACUGCCGCCGGACGUGCAGCUGGUGCUGGGCAAGCUCAGCGGUCGGGCCGGCCUGCAGGCCAGGCUGGACGCGUUGGGCUACUCGCUGGACCGCGAGGAAGUGACCAGCGUGUACCAGCGGUUCGUCGAGCUGGCGGACAAGAAAAACGAGGUGACUGAUCGGGACCUGGAAAUCCUGAUGGACGAGGAGAACCGGACGGCCUCGGAGCCGGUGACCUACGCGCUGGAGACGGUGCACUUCACCGGCGGCGACAAGGACAUUCCCACCGCCACGGUGCGGCUCAUCGGGCCGGACGGCAACGCCAAGACCGACGCCUCCACGGGCAACGGCCCGGUGGACGCGGUGUGCCGCGCCAUUGAUCGCGUCAUCGGAUGCACCAGCAGGCUGGCCGACUUCCAGGUGCAGGCGGUUUCCGAGGGGCUGGACUCCGUGGGUUCGGUGACGAUGCGGAUCGAGAACAGCGGUCGCAUGUUCUCCGGCCGCAGCGCCAACACGGACAUCAUCGUGGCCAGCGCGCAGGCGUACCUGAGCGCGGUGAACCGGAUGCUGGCGUCCGAUGAGGAGAUGUCGCUGCCGGAGGUGGGCACGACGCCGGACUAG